AGGUUAUCCUUUGAUGCAUCCAGCGAGACGCACGUGUUUGGUUAGUUGUUUGUGAUUCACAAACGGAUAUCUGCGUAGUGCGCCAUGGGGAAGUUUCGGAGCAAGUUGAAGGGUCAGACGAAGGGCAAACGAUGGCCCAAGGGUCAGAGUUCCAACUCGAAUCCGGAGACGAAGAAGUACAGGGAUCUGGCGAAAUCGCGUUUCUUCCAGGAGAAUUUGGGUGCCUCCAGUUUGACAACUGAUGCUUUGAAGAAGCACGAUGCCGUGCAAUACUCCAUGCCAAAGAAGCAGGAGAUUGCCGAUCAGGAGAUGGAUGCCGAUGAUUCUGGGACAGAGUACAGCGUGCAAUCAUCAUGCAAAUCGUUUGCCUCUGAAUGGUCAGACUGCACGAAUGUAUCGUACAAUAGGUUCCUCACUGUCUUCAGAUCAGACUCGGCUUUGCACAAAGAGAUGCUGGCUAUUCUGGCUGCCGUCACUGAGGUCAUCAAGCAGAAUGGUGGAACCGAAACACCCACUGAAUACUAUUGCACUUUGUUAACUACAUUGGAGCAAUUGAGCACUUCCGAAGAAGCCACAGAGGACCAAAUGACUGCAGUUCUUUCGUUAUUGAAUAUGGGUAUUAAAAAAGUACCUACGGCAGUUUUGAGGACGAGCUUUGGUGAUGUUACCAGCAAACUGUUGAAACUGAUGAACCAAUACUGCACGUCCGACAACAACGUCAUAAUCAAAUCGAUCUUCGGGGUGCUUGGAGUAUGUCUCAGGGAACAGGAGUUGGCCAUCUGGACGCACUCGCAAACCUUGCAGAUCUUCGCCUCGAUCGUCAAUCCAUUCUGUGUCCACUCCAAACCUAAGUGGAGGAAAGCGGCUCAGCAGGCUGUGUUUGCCGUCAUCGGAGCUGACAUCUUUAAGAACGAAAACAAUUACAAUCCGGCAGCGGAUAAAGUCGCGGAAUUCAGUCUGCAAGCGUUGGAGGCUUGUCUGGGCACCAAUUCCAAUGGGACUGUUCUCGUCUCCUCCAUCCAAGCGGGACAAACGACGAUGCUUCAUACGUUGAACUUCUUGAAGGACACGAUUUGUUAUUUCAACAAAGGACAUCUUAAGGCCUGUGGUGAGAUGAUUCUGAAGUUGAUGUCACUCAACUAUCCUCUGGUCACGUCCGGAGGUCUGCAAGUUCUGCACGCGCUCUUCUCGUCGGCGAAGGCCGUCGCCUCCGCCAAAUUCAACGGACAGAUGAUCACAGCCCUCUACGAUUAUCAACCAUCCUCCAUGGAUGCCCAGCCCACUUUGGCGUGGUUAACAGUCAUGCAACAAGCGCACGUCCAUCUGGCAGACAUCGAUAUUGCAAUGUGCGCUGCGUCUUUACCGAAAGUCUUCACGUCCAUCACGCAACUGUGGCUCUCGCAAAAGUCCGAGAUAGUGAUGGCAGCGACGAGAGCCGUGGAGAUGCUCCUGAAGGAUGCUGCUGGUCCGAUCUGCGCGGACCCUGACAUGGCCAGAAAGUACGAGCAUUUGAUGAGCAAGUGUUUCCAAACCGUGGAGCUGGGUCUCGGCUACCAGUACAACCACGCAUGGCCUCAGGUCUUGCAUUGCAUGUCCGUAAUGUUCGAGAUCGGAGGCGCGAAUUGCAGCAGUCUUCUUUUGGGAUGUCUGAAAACCCUGUCCGAAUUAAGAGAUUCGUACAAGUUCAGUUACAACAACGAGUUGGAGCACGCGGUCGGCGCAGCCAUAAGAUUCGUUGGACCUGAAACAGUGCUCAGCGUUAUAUCGCUUAAGAAGGAUAACGGUGAACUCAUAUUGGAUAGGUCGUGGUUGAUACCGGUGCUGAAGGAGAACGUUCGCUCUUCGAAAUUGGACUUUUGGAUCAAGGGUAUCUUACCUUUGGCCACGGCGUGUCAGAACAAAUCCGCGGAAUUGACGAAUAGAAACGACGCGAUUGGAGCGCACAGCGCUGAGCUUCUCUAUCUGCAGCUCUGGAAUCUCCUUCCGAGUUUCUGCAACAGUCCAAUCGACAUCAGCGCCAGUUUUAAGGGCGUUGCUAGGAUAUUGGGUGUGGCCAUAUCGGAGCACAAGGAGCUGCGAUUGGCUGUGAUGGCGUCUCUAAGGAAACUGAUCACGAGCGCGAAGGAGACCGAGAACGAGGCGGACAUCGCCGAGCUUGCCCGAUUUGAUAAGAACUACCUGCCCAUACUGUUCAACGUGUACACGACGAAACCAUUCGGCACGGACGAGGAGGGUCAAAGGUUGGCGGCUCUUGAUACAAUCGCUGUGUAUUUGACGAUAGCGAGAGCUGAACUGACGAAGCAGCUGUUCGAUAACGCGCUGAGCAGACUCGAGAAUCUCACGGGAACGGAAGAGAUGAUCGUGAAGGAGAGUAUCCUCGACCUGAUUCGUAUCUUGGUGAGGUAUCAGGACGCGGAGAGCGUCGAGAAGAUGUUCAUGCAGUGCGUUAAGCAUCUGCCUGAUAUCAAGGAUAACAAAGAGCAGAAGAAGGCUUACCGAUUGAUGGAGGAGAUCUGCGGCAGUGAAGCGGAGGGCGUCAAGGAGUUCCUACGGAAACACCGUAAGCUGGUGCAGAAGCUGCUGAUGAAGACGCUGCAGACGGCUGCGGUGCAGAGCAAGGUCGCCCGUCUCCGUUGCUUGAACUUCCUGCUGAAGGCGCAACCGGCUCUCGACCACGACAGCAAUCUGAUCAAGUCUACCAUUCCAGAGGCUGUGCUCUGCUGCAAAGAUAUUAAAGAGAAGACGAGACUCGUGGCUUUCGAUCUCCUCAACACAAUCGGAGGCAUCCUCGAGACGCACGACAGGAUGCAAGAGUUCGUCACCAUGGUGAUAGCAGGUUUAGCAGGAGACGUGCAUCUGAUGGCAUCGACGAUCCUCGCGCUCGCCUCGAUCCUUCACAACUUCACCGGCACAUUGGGACAGAACAACAUCUCGCUCAUCCUCGAUAACAUUUUGAUGCUGCUCACGACGCCGACACGAGAAAUCGUCGAUACGUGUCUGAGCUUCAUGAAGAUUUACAUCAGCAGUCUACCCAGUCCUAUCAUAGCCACAUCUUUGCAGAAGAUCGUGUCGACGAUGUGCGACAUGAACAAGGACUGCGCGACUCAUUUCCGCAUGAAGACGAAGCGAUUGCUGGAGAAGUUGAUCCGCAAGUUUGGCUGCGAUGCGAUCAUGCCGUACGUCCCAACCACCGACACCGUAAUGUACAAGAGGUUGAGGAAUAUGCGGAAGAUGCAGAACAGGAUGAAGAGGCUGCGCAAGUCCGCCGAGGAGCAGCAACAGAACGGAGACGUCGAUAUGGAGGAGGACUUCCUGGUUAAAUCGAGGCCGAAGAGCGUCGAGGAGAUUCUCGCCGAUUCCGACUCAGAUUUCGACGAUGAUGAGGUGGAAACUAACGAUCAGCGGUCCAGACAGAAGAAGUACAAGGCGUACAUCCAAGAGGACGAGGACGACAUCAUCGAUUUCAAGGAUCCGACGGUCAUCAACAGGAUCGUCGCGAAUAAACCGACGAAGCAGACUGAACCACUGGAUGCCGAGGCCAAGAAGAAGGCCAAGGACAGAGGAUUCAAGACCACAACCGAUGGAAGGCUCAUCAUCAACGAGUUGGACUCUGAUGAUUCUGAUGGCGGCGGCGGCGCAAAGAGAGUACCGAAAGCGAGUAAAAUCAACUUUGGCGAGAGCGACUCCGACACCGACUGUGACGACGAUGCGGCCACCGAGAUACUCAGAGAUAGCAAGAGAAAGAGGUCGGAUGCUAGCAGCGUUGCAAGCAGCAUGGUAUCCAAGUACAAACCCGGAGGUUCCGGAAUCCACAGAAAUGUUGGAGCUUCGACGAGUUCAGUGUACAGCGGCACCGGUUCCGAGUACAAAUCCAAGAAGGCUUCAGGUGAUGUCAAGAAGAAGAACAAGGUUGAUCCGUAUGCGUACGUUCCUCUGGAGAGGAGCACGUUGAACAAGAGGAAGAAGACGAAGAGACUGGGACAGUUCAAGAAUAUAAUCGGUGCGGCAAGAUUGGGCGCCAAGAAGGGACUGAAGGCAAAGAGAGCAAAGAAAUGAUGAGAUACGAUCCGUUGCGUCUAUUAAGAAUUUUGUUUGUUUUUUGUAUAAUAUUUAAUUGCUAAAUAUAUUCCUACAUGUAACUGUUACUU